AUGACUACCAUAGUCACUGCCAAGCCUGCAACUGAGUCGUCGUCAGACUCGGACUCCGUCGUCAAGAGUGUCCCCAACGAGACCGUUAUCCCGGUUGCGCCGUUGGGCAAGCCUCGUCCCGAGAGAAAGUUCUGGUUUCAGAAGAGACAGCACUAUGACCCUUCGGCAAUUGCUACCUUGCCGAGCGUAUAUGACGACCCUUCAAUAGCAUCAAAGUAUAAGCCUCGAGACAAUUGGUACGCAUCGUUUUGGUCUCAUGAAGCGAAGGUAACCGGAGACAUGAACGCUAAACUUUGUAGGGAAAACAUCCAUCGCUUCAAUCCCUCGGCUCGCUGGACCUGGGCUGAGGAAGACGAUGUUAUCCGCAGAACAGACUGGCGAAUCAUGAUAUGGGCUUGCGCAUUGACCGACAACUUUUUAAAUGAUCUAGGCCUCAGUACCAAUGACUACAACUUGGGAAACACCCUCUUCUCGUUGUCUUUCCUCUGCGCAGAGCUGCCCUCACAGCUCGUGUCCAAGUGGGCGGGACCGGACCGUUGGAUACCAACCCAACUCGUCCUGUGGUCUCUGGUGGCGGCCUGCCAGUUCAAGCUCAACGGUCUGGCUUCGUUCCUGAUAUGCCGUUGCCUGCUCGGUUUUCUGCAAGGAGGUUUCAUCCCCGAUAUCAUCUUGUAUCUCUCCUACUUCUACAAACAUGCCGAGAUGACGAUCAGGCUGGGGUUCUUCUGGAUGGCCAUGACCUUUGCGGACAUCCUGUGCGCCCUUUUCGCCUACGGUAUCCUCCAUAUGCGAGGAGUGCAUGGCCACGAGGGCUGGCGUUGGUUGUUCCUUAUUGAAGGACUACUUACUAUGGCCAUCGGUUUUCUGUCAUUCCUCUUUAUGCCCGCCGGCCCCACACAGACGGCAAGCUGGUUCAGGGAGAUCAUGGUCAAUCGUAUUAUUCGAGAUGAUGCCAGCAAGGGUUCCAUGCAUAACCGAGAGAGGAUUACACUCCGGCUGCUCUGGAAGAGCGUGUGCGACUAUGACCUGUGGCCCAUUUACCUGAUUGGAUUCACUUUCCUUGUUCCCUCCACCACGCCCAGACAGUACCUCACUCUCUCGCUCCGAGGGCUCGGCUUCAACACCUUCCACACUAACCUGCUGGUCAUUCCGUCCCAAGCGCUCUCAACGCUCUCCAUGAUGCUGUUGCUGUGGAUCGCCGAGAGAACCAAGCAGCUUCUGGCGUGGUCGGCCUUUUCGCAGAUAUGGAUGCUCCCGUUCCUCAUCUGGCUGAGAGUCGUCGACACCACCAAGGCGUCGAAGUGGACUGUCUGGAUUGUCAUGACACUGAUGCUGACGAAGCCGCAGCCGCACCCCAUCCAAGUCAACCUCGCCUCGCGCAACUCCAACGCUGUCCGCUCCCGCACGGUAUCCGCCGCCCUCUACAACAUGUGCGUCCAGGUGGGCGGCAUCAUCGGCUCCAACAUCUACAGGGCCGACGACGCCCCCGGCUACCGCCGAGGCAACAGUGUUCUCCUGGGGAUCGUCGCCUGGAACCUGUGCAUCUACGCCGGCGCCCGCGGUUAUUACAUCUGGCGGAACAGGGUCCGGGACCAAAAGUGGGACGCGUUCCGGGCGGACGAGAAGGUGGCGUACCUGGACCAGAACGAGGAUGGCGGGAGCAAGCGUUUGGACUUCCGCUUCGCCUACUAA